UAAACCUCGUUAACACACACCGCAACCCCCACCGUCCAAGCCGCUGUGCAAGUUUGCGCUAGUCCCGUCCUGUCGCCAACCGCCCUUCGCACCUGCAAUCUGGUGCACUAGCUUAUGACUCCGAACGACCCUUACGAGCAACCACCGUAAGAUCUAAAAGUCGGGGCCAACCCGGCCUCAGGCUCUUGACUCAUCUUCGCUCAUUGUCCUCUCGAUCAUUCGAGUUGUAGCUCCCAUCUGUACUAACGGCGCGCCCUUCCGCCAUCCAACGCAACUGGAAUCGUAACUAGCAAUGGCUUCUCAGGGCGGCAACAACAGUAACUUCGACUUCAAUGCGGGCGCUGGCAUCGACUUUACAGGAUUCGGGAUGCAGCCUGCCUUUAAUGACCUGAAGAGUACUGGAGAGGGUAACACUUCUUCGGCAUUCUUCUUCGGCGACGAGGGUAUCGACACGACGGCCACAUUUGAUCAUUCAUAUGACUCAAUAUUUGCCCCGGUCGGCGGUAUGGACACCACAGCGUUCGGAUUAGAGCCUCUUGGUUUGGGUAACACCGCCGGAGAUGCCUCAUGGAACAACAUGUUUCCCACAACGCCUGCGCAGUCCUUCGAGUCAUUAUACACACCUCAAAUCAACAAGAGGCCACUUCAGUUAGAUGCACAUGACUUCCCUCCGGCGAAGCGACAUGAGGCAUUCUCGCCCUUUACCACGGGUUCCAUGACAGGGUCGAGCAACUGGGCGCUCGAAACCCAGCCCACUCCAGCAGCUAGCUCUGAUGUGACAGGUCUGAGCGACGAAGCUGCUGACGUGUGCGCAACAUGGUUCAGCAAGUACAACGUACUCCCGAGUGACAGGCAUAUUGACUCUCUUGCCCAACUCACUGGCGAGUCAGCAGCAGCCAUCCGACAAUGGUUCGGUCAGGCUUUGAAGCAGGGGAUGACCGGUCAGGAUUCUGCGUACAAGUCACAAACAGGAUUUGCUCAGGACCCAAUACUAUUCCCGCAGUUGGCUCCUACUACGGGCGCAGUUGCAUCGCAACAACUUAUGAUUCCUGAUGUCCCAUGCGUACAUGAGACGCAAGCGGCGACAACGACGGUCUCACAGUCUCCCCUGCGCGGGGGAAAGAAAGGCUGCAACCCCACAGAGGAUCCGGAGCUUUUGAAGAGAGAUCCGAACAAAAUUUACCAAUGCACAAGAAAGUGCGGAAAGCGGUAUGGAAGGAAGUGUGACUGGAAGCGGAACGAAGAGGAGGGGUACCCCUCAAAGAGCUGGUUGUGCAGCCUAUGCGUCAGCGAGGGUGUCGAGCGCGUAAAGCCGUGUUUCCGAAAAUACCAUUUCUCUCAGCACUUCAGGAACAUCCACCCUGGGCUGAACUCCGCUGAUUACGAGGAGUCUUCUGUCGUACAUUCCGACACGAGCCUGCCACAGGCCGCCAGAAAGUGCGGCUUUUGUACGCACCGAUUCGUGUCUCGACAGGAUCGCAUCGACCACAUCGCAGACCACUUCAAGAACGGCAAGUCCAUGCUUGACUGGAACGAAGAGGACACAAAUGAUUCUGAUGACAUGAAUGACGAUGACGACAACGACGACCGACCUGAUAGCGGCGGCUUCGGCAAUGGCAAGCCUCACUUCCCACCGGAGCAUGAUCCUCGUGGCUCUGGCUCUGGACCGAAGAACAACGGCAGCGGCGGUAACGGCUCACAGCCUCACCAGAGCGGCUUCUUCCAGUUCCAGGUUUCACAGCUCGCAGACGGCGAUAGUAGCGGCUCAUCACCAGGAGUCGAGCAGCACAUUCAACGGGACUCCACGAAUAAUCAGCAUAUUCAACCAGCCUUCGGAUUGGACGGCGCAAUGUGCAGCAAGAUACCUCAGGGUGCAAUGUGCGAUACCGCGACAACACAACACGCAACAUCCACCGAUGAAUGCUCUGUGCAUGGCCGGCACGAUAAAGCAACGAGAGAUGACUCGCAGUCUGUGGCCGGAGAUGUUGUCUCCUUGCUGAGCACCGACGUCGUCCAGCUUCAGACGAGACCGCCGUUCGUUCCUCCAAGCGACGGUGAUCCCGCACCAGAUCGCCUGAAGACUACAAUGGCAGUAUCCAGUGGAUCACUGACCCGCGAGACGCAAGACCUGCUCGGUAGUCUCAAGCUCCUUGGCGCCGGCGGCUUUAGUACGGUCGACGAAGUGGUCCAUCGCGAAACGAGCUUACGCUUUGCCCGCAAGACCCUCAAGAACCGGGAACGCUCAGCCAUUGAAGAACUGAAGAACGAAGUUGAUGUUCUCAAGAAACUCCGCCAUCCUCACAUCAUCCGGUUCGUGGAUAGUGUCCAAAAGGGCGACAGGAUGUCGAUCCUGCUAUCGCCGGUAGCAGAGACCACACUUGCCGCCUGGCUGGACAUGAAGCUGCAGAACAGGCCAGACAGGCUGAGCGAGACCAUUGUCACGAUGAUGGGCUGCCUUGCCUCGUCGAUCCGGUACCUCCAUGCGCAGCGACCAGUCGUAAAGCACAUGGACAUCAAGCCCCAAAACAUCCUUGUCAAGCAAGGCGAGGAUGUGCCACAUGUGUUCUUAAGCGACUUCGGCGUCAGCUCGAUGGGCGAGAUCACUGCGAGCAGCAAGACAAUGCCACUUACACGCCAGUACUGUGCGCCCGAAGUAUCCGAGGGUGUCUCACGCGAGCUCGCGUCUGACGUCUGGUCUCUCGGCUGCGUCUUCCUUGAGAUGCUGACCGUUGCUUACAAAGAGGAUAACCCGCGCUGGCUUGAUUUCCGCCAAUUAUUUGGCGGACGCAAGGGCAAAUACUACUGGCAAGACGUCCCUGCUCUACAAGGCCUCCUGACCCAAUCCCUCGAGCAAGCAGCAUCUCGAACUGAAGCCAAUGCUACGAGCACUGUCAAGGAAAUGCUCAAUUCCGAUCCAACCGCACGACCAACUGCACCCAAGCUGACAAUGGUGUUUACACCUGCACCUUGCUGCCUCAGUUGGCCCAACGAAAAGGUCGCUUAUCCCGGACCAUCUGAAGAGCUUCAAACAGUGAAGACUUUCUGCCAGGAAGAUGGCCGAGAUGCAUGUGCUCAUCUACGCGAUGUGGAUGAUCAACACAAGCAACAAGGCGAUACUGUCCGUCAUGCCAAGCGCUGGCUCGAAGAGUGUUCCCACGACCACGCUGAUUGUCGUCAUGACGUACAAGGAAUUCUUGCCAACAAGACCUUACCCACCCGUCUGAUCGACAUGUUACCAGAAGGUAAUGUAGGCUUGUCCGUUCGCAUUGUCAAUGGCGCGGACCUAGAUGAUCGCCAGAGUCCAGACUACGCAGCACUCAGCUACGUUUGGGCAGAUGAUGAGCUGAAGCUAUCAACUGCUCGUCUGGACGCAAUGCAACGCAAUCUACCCCGCGAAGCCCUACCUAAGGCAAUCAAUGAAGCCAUCACGAAGGCUCAAGACAUCGGCCUCCGAUACCUCUGGGUAGACAAUCUCUGCGUCCUUCAGGACUCCCAGGGAGACAAGCAACGCGAGUCCCGCGCCAUGGCAGAUGUGUAUCGCAACGCGGCGCUCACCAUUGUGGCAACGCAGAAGGGCAUCGAUCAACAAGCGCUCCAAGCUGCCGUCCUUCCCCUCAGCACGUAUCUCACGCCAGGCUUCGCCUGGGAUACGAGGGCGUGGUCACUCCAGGAACGUCUCCUCUCGCGAAGGUUCCUCCACCUUGGCGAAGAACAGAUGUACUGGGAGUGCAACGCACUCAAAGCCAGCGAAACAUUCCCCCGCGGACUUGACUCCUUCCGCAACGCGCUUUCUUCGCUGCUCUGGGAGAAGGUACAUACACGUGCAGAUGCGCUCUACGGUGUGCCUGCCACCGCGGGCCUCAACCACAAUCGCAUGCACACAGAAAGCCACUUCGACAUGGAAGGCACCGGAACCGCCGCCGGUCUGGUGACGGAGCGCAACGCCAAUGGGCACGGCGCCCCGACUGCGAGCAAAGCCAUGGGCUAUGGCAAGACGGCGACGCCGCACCAAAGGGUUGAAUUCUCUUCAAACCCGGUGUGCAACGCCAAUGGCCAAGAUGUUGCGAAUGCGAACAAAGCCAUGGGCUACUGCAAGAUGGCGACGCCGCACCAAGGGGUCGAAGAGUUCUCUUCACACCUUGUUCGUGACUGCCAGUACGUCCGCAAAGAGGGCGACGGGAUCGGCGACUCCAUGGAGGCGGGCCAAAUGCAGCUCCAGCUCGCGGGCCUUGAGGCCCCGAGUGGAUCACUCAGCGUCUCCGCCUGUGGUUUCGCUGGGCUGAUGCGCGGUUGUCAUGAAGCCAAGGACCCAGGCCGGAAGGGUCGGGAGAACGGAGUUGGGAAUGGAAAUGGAAUCGAAGACGAAGGAGUGUUUGGGAAGAAUCCGAAUGCGAGGAGAAAGUAUGAAGGGGAUGAGGAUGUGAUGAGCUAGUACGAGAGUCCUGGUCACGGAGAGCGUCGAGAAGGUAUUUCCUAUGUAAUUGACGAGUGUGCGCCUGCAUUUCAUUCGUUUCACCCACUGUUGUCUUCGAUCCUGCGUCCACGUGUGGUGUGCGUUCAUGUAAGAGAUUCAGUUAUGGCAGGUAUCACAAUGCUCCUCAUGAAGAGGGCUGGCCGAGCACCUCCACGAUGUCAUGGACCUAGAGCCGCUCUCUCCCCCUAAAUUGAGCGGACACGCAUUCGCCCAUUACCUAUAUGGUCUCCAG